AUGGAGUUCCAAGGAUUGUUAGACACAGGGGCUGAUAAGAGCAUCAUUGCCUCCAUAGAUUGGCCAAAGGGUUGGCUGCUUAUCAAGGCCAAUCAAACACUCCGAGGACUGGGCAUAGCCUCCAGUCCCAAUCAGAGCGCAGCGUCCCUACAGUGGAAGGACAGGGAAGGUCAUUCAGGAGUUUUCCAGUCAUAUAUUUGUGAGGUGCCCAUUUCUUUAUGGGGCCAAGAUGUUCUACAACAGAUGAAGGUCAAGUUAACUACUGAUGAGAUAUAUCAGGGGUCCCUCGUUAAAGGAAUGAUGAAAAAGAUGGGAUACCUAGAUGGGUGUGGACUGGGGGCCAUUGUGGAUCAUACAAUUCCUAUAUCUUGGAAAGAUGAUGUACCUCGCUGGAUUCCACAGUGGCCCUUAACAAAAGAAAAAUUGGAGGCUGUUCAUAUCCUAGUAAAGGAGCAAGUUAAUGCAGGACACCUGCAAUGUUCCACCUCUCCUUGGAACACGCCCAUAUUUGUCAUUAAGAAAAAAUAUGGAAAGUGGAGACUGUUGCAGGAUCUAAGAGCUGUUAAUCGUCAGAUGUUCACAAUGGGCCCUAUUCAGUGCAGCCUGCCUUUAGUGUCAGCCCUACCCAGCGGUUGGCCUACUGUCAUUGUGGAUGUAAAGGAUUGUUUUUUCUCCAUACCAUUACAUAAGGGGGAUUGCUGUAGGUUUGCCUUCACACUACCAGCUAUCAAUCACUCUCAAACUGAUCAAAGAUUUGAAUGGACAGUACUGCCACAAGGCAUGACAAAUAGCCCAACAUUAUGUCAAAUGUAUGUGGACAAAGCCUUGUCCACUACUAAAAAAUAUCCAAAUUUAAAAAUCUACCACUAUAUGGAUGAUAUUCUUUUAUGCCAUUCUAAUAAAAACAUGUUGGAUGAGGCCUUGACCUUCAUGGUCAAGGCCCUACAACUCUGGGGACUAAAUAUAGCCCCUGACAAAAUGCAGACAGGGUAUGUACAGGAAUACCUGGGCACACGGCUGGCUGCUACCACAGUUCAACCUUUAAAAAUCUCCCUUCGGGUAGAUCAUCUACAGACCUUGAAAUUUCAAAAAUUACUGGGAGACAUAAAUUGGAUCAGACCCUAUCUAAAAUUCUCCACUGGAGAACUAAAACCUUUGUUUGAUAUCCUCAAAGGAGACCCAGAUUUAAACUCUAAAAGUAGUCUGACUCCCGAAGCCCGACGUGCCAUUGCUCUUAUACAACAGCACUUACAAUCGUGUCAGACAGAUCAUUGUGAUCCUUCCCAGCCGUUACAACUUAUCAUUCUCCUGGAAGGCCACAGUCCUUCUGGGGUCAUUUGGCAGGGGGCCCCAUUACAGAGCAUCCAUUUAGCUAGUUCUCCGUCAGAAAUGCUACAACCCUAUCCGGCUGCGGUGUCUCAAUUUAUUCUAAAGGGCAUAGAGACCUGUAUUGUCACUUUUGGCGUUCAUCCCGAUGUGAUUAUCACCCCUUAUACCAGCGAGCAAUUAUGCUGGCUUGUCAAUAAUGAUUCCUUUUGGGCCAUUGACCAGACUGGCCUGGUGUGGGUACCCGAACGUCUGAUCCGUACUGCUGCAGCACCUGCAGGAACACAGAAAUAUGACUCCACUCCUCGUUCUCCUGACACUCCUGCCCUGGACGACAACUCUGCCCCUCCUGUGGACGCCGACUGA